AUGUCGUCGUCGGCGUUCGGCGACUUCGGCCCGCUUACCGAGCGCCGCAAGGCCGAGAAGGCGCGGCAGCAGCGCAGGCGCAUCAUGAUCGCCGUCGGGACCGUGUCCAUCAUCAUCUUACUCAUCGUCAUGGGCGCCGCCGCCAUCACGUACAGCGGCAAGUCGUCCAGCGAGGGCAAGAAGUUCUCCGGCUCCAAGGGCUCGUCGCCGUCCAAAGGCAAUUCCGGCGGCGGCGGGUCUAGCUCCAGUAGUUCGAGCUCGGAUUCGGAGUCGGAGGCGUCGUCGGAGUCGAAGCCGGCGGACCUCAAGGCCGUGUCCAAGAGCAUCAAGGCCAUGUGCUCGCAGACGGACUACACGGACGCGUGCGAGACGAGCAUCGGCAAGGCCGCGAACGCGAGCGCGACGUCGCCCACGGACAUCGUCCGGACUGCCGUGGAGGUGAUCGGCGACGCGAUCAAGCAGGCGUUCGACCGCGCGGACCUCAUCCUGAGCAACGACCCGCGCGUGAAGGCCGCCGUCGCCGACUGCAAGGAGAUCUUCAGCGACGCCAAGGAUGACCUCAACCGCACGGUCAAGGGCGUGGACGCCAAGGACGGCAUCUCCAAGCAGGGCUACCAGCUGCGCAUCUGGCUCAGCGCGGUGAUCGCGCACAUGGAGACGUGCAUCGACGGCUUCCCCGACGACGACUUCAAGGUGAAGGUGAAGGACUCGUUUACCAACGGCAAGGAGCUGACCAGCAACGCCCUGGCGCUCAUCGAGAAGGGCUCGUCGCUGAUCUCCGCGCUCAAGGGCUCGAAACGGCUGUUGCUCGGCAAGGAGGAAAGCGCGGCGUCGUCGUCGUCCAAGGCCGAUGAGCCGGCGCUCGACAAGGACGGCAUCCCCGAGUGGGUGCCCGACGGCGAGCGGAGGGUGCUCAAGGGCGGCGGCUUCAAGAACACGCUGACGCCGAACGUGGUGGUGGCCAAGGACGGCAGCGGCAAGUACAAGACCAUCAACGAGGCGCUCAACGCCAUGCCCAAGUCCAACGACGGAAGAUACGUGAUCCAAGUGAAGGAGGGUGUGUACGAGGAGUACGUGACCAUCACCAAGACUAUGGUGAACGUGACCCUGCUAGGCGAGGGCUCCAAGAAGUCCAUCGUCACCGGCAAGAAGAACUUCGUCGACGGGCUAACCACCUUCAAGACAGCAACCUUCACCGCCCAGGGCGACGGGUUCAUGGCGAUCGGGAUGGGGUUCCAGAACACGGCCGGGCCGGAGAAGCACCAAGCGGUGGCGCUGCUGGUGCAGUCGGACAAGUCCAUCUUCCUCAACUGCCGCAUGGACGCGUUCCAGGACACGCUGUACGCGCACUCCAAGGCGCAGUUCUACCGCAACUGCGUCAUCUCGGGCACCAUCGACUUCAUCUUCGGCGACGCGGCGGCCGUGUUCCAGAACUGCAUCCUCGUCCUGCGCCGCCCCAUGGACAACCAGCAGAACAUAGCCACCGCGCAGGGCCGCGCCGACGCGCGCGAGGCCACCGGCUUCGUGCUCCAGAAGUGCGAGUUCCAGGCCGAGACCGCGCUCCGGGACGCCGGCCGGCCGCCCAUCCGCAACUACCUCGGCCGGCCGUGGCGCGAGUGCUCGCGCACGCUCAUCAUGGAGUCGGAGAUCCCGGACUUCAUCGACAAGGCCGGCUACAUGCCGUGGAACGGCGACUUCGGGCUCAAGACGCUCUGGUACGCCGAGUACGGCAACACCGGGCCCGGCGCCAGCACGGCGGGCCGCGUCAACUGGGCCGGAUACAAGAAGGUGAUCAGCAAGGCGGACGCGACCAAGUUCACCGUCGAGAACUUCCUGCACGCCCAGCCAUGGAUCGACCCCACGGGAACGCCGGUCAAGUACGACCUGUUCACAUGAGGGCGCCCGGGGAUCGCGGGCGGUAGGGGAUCGGAUCGGAGGAGGCCGGCCGUGCUUAAUUCUCAUCGGCAAAGGGUGGGUCGAUCGAUCACUGUACACGAGUGGAGAUGCUGCGAUGCCUGCCGCAUGUACGUCCAGUCUGAAUUCCCGUUGGUAUACUGGCUGCUCUAUGUGUUUUGUACAUGUACAUGAAGUUUCUUUUUUUUUUCGUGCCACGGUUACGUCUCAGUAUAGCAGAUUUGGAAA